AUGUCAGAACCAAAUCCCAAUAAACAACUUAAUAGAGAUUCUUAUCAACCUCUAAAUGUCAAAGGACUUAAUAUCACAGCCGAAGCCAAAGCUAAAGGAGAAGGUACCUCAGAUACUUUACAAAGAGGUGGACUUGGUAAAAAACAUGAAGAAAAAGAAUUAGGACUUGGCGAUAUUCCCAGAAAUAGAGGUAAAAAAAUGAGAGAAGAGAAAGAAUUUGAAGAAGUUAGAGAAGAAGUUAAUCCAAAUUCAAAUAAAUUAUUAGAACCCCCAGAUGGAGAAUUAUUUGAAUAUUUUUUAUUUGGAGGAAUUUUGGAUCGAACUUCUGAAUUAAGAAAUUUAAAUUUUCAAACGAGGAAUCUGGGGAAUUUACAAAUGACUACUGAUACUGCAAUACAUGUUACUAAAAGAAUCGUGGAAGAUAAAGGUGAUGCCAUUUAG